AUAACAAAUGUAAUGCAGAACACAACAACCUAUAUAAGGCUCAAAAACUCGAAUGUUACAAGAUCUUGAAGAUGCCAGUAAUCAAGACAGCGUGUUUGGUGCUAAUUUUGAGUGCCUCCAUCUUGUGGUACCAUGCUACAGGAAUUGCAUUCGUUGCAUAUGGCCGUGAAGCAUUUAUUGGUGAGUUUCCAUGGCAGGUGUCCAUUCGUGGCUACUCUCCGUCAGUGCACAAGUGUGGAGGGGUCAUCAUUUCGGAUAUCUGGGUCCUCACUUCGGCCAGUUGCAUCAAGAGCAUGAAUAUUUUGUACCCGAGGAUUGCGACAGCCACUAUCGACAUUACCCGUCCUGGAAUUAUCUACAAGGCUAACAUGAUAUUUUACCACCCAGAUUAUGAUACCUAUGACCAUUCAAACGAUAUUGCCCUUGUCAAGACACAAUUCAAAAUGAUCUUCAACCAAUACGUGAGUCCGAUCUCUUUGAGUAACGAGCCUCUUGCGUUCAACGAAACAUGUGAAAUCGCCGGAUGGGGCAUAGAGCACUUUGAUGGGACAUCUUACUCGAAAAUGCUGAGGAUCACUGGAGUGACCAUCAUAGACAGAGAAGAGUGUCGCUCGAUUUUCGCUCAGGAAAACGUGCAACUGGGUGAAGAUCAGUUCUGUGCUCGCUCCGAUAUGGGUGGAGCUUGCAGAGGGGACGAAGGAGGUGGUUUCGUUAGAAGAUAUCCAAGUGAUGUGCUUUUGGGACUGAUCAGCACCAACUUCUGCACUCUGGAUAACUUCCCGACGGCCUUUGUCGACGUCUACUUACACCGCGAAUGGAUCAGCAACACCACCGGAAUUCAAUUUCCAGACCAUGUUCAUUGAUUCUCUUUGGAAUAAAGCUUCAGCAUUUUGGUGAUGGGUGAA